UUCUCUGUAACGUUGUUAUAGUCAUCGGUUUGCCUGAUGCAUCGGUGCGUUUGAGAAGUUGUUAAAAUCCACGAUAGAUAUCCACUAAUAAGACACUUGAAGUGUUUUGGCAGUGCUUAGAUUAACAUUAUGGAGGUGAUUGAGACAAUUGUGAUACAAAGUACUGAAGUGGAAGGCAAGGAAACGCUGGUGUCAAAUGUGGACACCGAUAAAACUAAAGGAGAGUUUAUAUGGACACUGCAGGCCACAUGGCAUCUUGUUAACAUCCGACUUGAAAUGGAUCAGGCUUUUGACCAGCCAGUCUGCAAGAAAAAGAAGCUGUGGGAGAUAGUUGCAGACAAAGUGAACGUCAAACUGAAUGAGUCCGAGGUCUCAGAUGUUAGUGUGAAGGCUUAUGAGUGUGACCUGAAGUGGAGGAACAUGCUGGCCACAUACAGGAAAAAUGCAGAGAGAGCCAAGAGGCUGGGAGCAGCCAGCGUCCACUGGGAGUUCUUCAAGGCCAUGCAUGAGGUCCUGGGCAAAAGCAGGGAGGAGAUCGAAGCCCAGCGCAGGGCCAAGCUCAGUGGGACCAGAGUGGGUAAAGCCAUAGCCAGCAAGAAGUUCACCCCCAUCCUCCCCACCCCCCCAGUGACGGCGGCUCCCUGCCCUGCCAGACCCCCACAGGACGUCUUACAGCUGUACAUGGAGCUGCAGGAGAGGAAGAUGAACAUGUGGGCUCAACAGAAGGCCCUGGAAGAGAGGAAGAUAGAGGCCAUCAACAAUCUGGCUCAAGCCAUCGCCAGCCUGGCUCAAAAAAACAACCCACAGAAGGAUGGACACUGAAAGCAGAACAUAUGGGGUUUGUGGCGGUGAUGCAUGAAGAGAGCUGACCAGGCUAAACCAGUUCUUAAACUGGUCCUGCUGGCACUUUUAUUUACUGUUACAGAAUUGUUUUGUCAGUGUGAUUGGUGAAGAACUGACCAAAAAGAACAUAUUCUAGGCCUAGAACUCUGCUUAGAACCUGUGAUAGACUUCAUAUUUCUUACACUGGGCGGCUCUUAUUAAUGCUUAAAGCAGAUUAACACUUGAGCUGCUUGUCUUUGUUAAUUUCCACUUUAAUGCUCACAUACUGUAUUUUUAUACCAGAGUAGAAACGUGAGUUAUGGUUAGAUAUGAUGAAAAAAUGUCAUAUUAGUAAAGGUUAUUCUACUAUCACUGUUAGUUACUUAAGCCAAUGCAAAGGCUGAACCAGUGUUGCACGAGGAGGUGACGAUAAAGAAUAGAGCAAUCAUAACAAGCUGAUAGAACUUACAGCAUCAGGAAGCACAAAAACAAACGUUACUCAUAUACUUUUACAGGAAGAGUAAUUUAUGCAGUUUGUUCCAAAAAACAACAGUGAUGUUUUUGCCUACUUGGUCAUUUUGAAUAAUGGAAACUAAUGCUGAGGUCAACUAUACUUGUAUUUUUUGUAAUUUUUUUUAAUAUGCUUUUACAUCAAAAUCAACAAAGAUUUUUUUCUUGAAAUAACAGGUUAAUUUAUCUUGUUAUCUGUAGGAUAUAAAAGGCCUUUUUUUCAUAAUUUUUGAGAAAAGAGCUUGUUUUUUCAUGAUCAUGGGAUAAAUAAGGCUUGAAACUAUGCAUUUCAUUCGAUUCCUCCUGAUUUCAAGACUUAACAUCUGAUGGCACAGAUGUGUAGUGACUUUACUGUAUUGUGGCCAAUGCUUAAUGGUCGACCACUGGUACUUGUGAAAUUACAAACGUAAAUAAUAAGAAAAAGCAUCAUUUGGAGAAAGCAUUUUUUUUUUUUUAAUCUCAAGUCAACAAAACAUCAUAGUAACAACCAAACAAGCCAUUUUCUUUUAAGAUGACCAAAUAAUUACCUUAUGAGAGAUCAAGCCAUUAAAAUAAUUUCAAGCAUUGCCAUUCUUAACAUCUUAAAUAGUUUUAUUUUUUGAAGUUUUACCAGAAGCAUUGUCUGUCAUGACAGUGAACCAAGUUUAGAAUGUUUACUGCCCUCCUGUGGUCACAAUAAGGAACUGCUAUUCCACACUGAUCCUGCUCCUUAAACUUUUAAUAUUAAAUAAACUGACAUAUUUUAUAAACGUGUUCUUCUUGCCAGUAGCUAACAUCAGCAGCAUAGUAACAGCCAUGUUAGAGAAUGGCAUUGAAAUCACUUUCACUUUACAAACACAGAAGUGUUAAAGGUGGACGAGUUAGAAUAUUAACCCUCCUGGUAAAAACAUAAUCCAUAUUUGUUCAUUUCUGAGUCAUUAUGUCUUAAAGAGUAAAAAAGUACAUGAAACAAUUUGCAUCUCUUUUUUUCUUUAUUUAAUUUCUGUAUAACUGUAAGUAGAGGUAAUAGUUUUACUCAUUCCCUUUGUGGUACAACUCUAUACUAACCCUGAUUUACACAGAAUUACAGGUGACACUGGUGGAAUAUAAAGGCCUUAAAACAAACCUGUAUCUCUAUAUCUAAUCUUUGUAAUGUGACUGUUUUGUGUUUGAGUAGAUCAGCGCAGGUGGAGAAUCACAUCUUAUUAUGUAUUUUCAGUGACUACAUUUUUUAACAUUAAAUCUGCAAUGAUG